AACAAAGUGAUACCAUUUUUUAUUAUCGUGAUCUUUUACAAAAGAAUCUAUCUAAAGUAGAACUUCAAGAACUUUUAGAAUUUAAUGAUCAACAAAUUCCAAAAGGUGAAAGCAAUAUUUUAGAUCUUCUUUCAGACUGCAUGGCAUUUGGAGCUCUUGAACCUUGUCCUGAAUGUAAAGAUGGACAAUUAAGAUUCCGUAAUUCUGGCUAUGCAUGUGGAGGACAUUUAAGUGGUUGGACAACCUGUCAAUACACUUCUAAAACUCCUAAGAGAAAGCCAUUUGUUAUUCCUGAAGAACUCUUAAAAUAUAGUUUUCUAAGAAAUUAUGAUGGAUCCGUAGUUUCAGAACGAUUUUUCCGAUCAGAUCUAUCCGAACCAUCCACAUCAGCUGCUUCAUUAAAUAGAAGUAAUAGCACGUCUAAGCCUUUAGGUAAUCUUUCAGUAGUGAUUGUAGGAAAAUUGAAAAAAUCGCUCAAAGAAUUAACUGCCAAAGUAGAAGAACUUGGUGGAAAAGUUGUCAGUAAAGUUACUGAGAAUGUUGUUUGUGUUAUUACAAAUGAAGAAGAAAUUAAGAAAAAUAGCAAAAAGAUAAAAGAUGCAGAGAAAGCAAAUGUUCAUGUUGUGUCAGAAGAUUUCUUAGAAAGUGUUCAAAAUGGUGGAGCAGCUUUAAUGAUUACUCAGCACAGUUUAUGUUCAUGGGGUGGAGAUCCAACGGUGAAAAUCAGUCGUUUUGAAAAAAAAUUACACGAAGAGAAGAUGUUUACUAAAAGUAUUCCUACCAAGAUGAAAAUGACAGUUAAAGGAGCUGCAGCUGUUGAGCCAGAUUCAGGUUUGGAAGAUGUCGCACAUGUAUAUGAAGAAAAUGGCAAUAUUUACAAUGCCAUUUUGGGCAUGGUUGACAUUAUUAAAGGAACUAACUCUUAUUACAAAUUGCAACUUUUAGCAGGAGAUAGAUCUCACCAAUUCUGGGUGUUUAGAUCUUGGGGAAGGGUGGGAACCACAAUUGGUGGAAAUAAAUUGGAAGAAUUUUAUGGAAAAUUGGAUGCAGUUACAGAAUUUAAAAGGUUGUAUGAAGAAAAGACUGGAAAUAUGUGGGAAGAGAGAAACAAUUUUGUGAAACAUCCAAAUAAAUUUUAUCCUCUUGAUAUUGAUUAUGGCCAGGAUAGUGAUCCACAAAUGAAGAAAUUAGAGCCUGGAGUUGAUUCAAAAUUACCUAAAGCUGUUCAAGAAUUAAUAUGUCUGAUAUUUGAUAUUGAAAGUAUGAAAAGACAAAUGACUGAAUUUGAAUUAGAUUUGAAGAAAAUGCCAUUGGGUAAACUGUCUAAAAAACAAAUUGAACAAGCAUAUGCUGUAUUAACAGAACUUCAAGAGCUUAAAAACAAAAAUGAAAAUCAGUCAAAAAUAUUGGAUGCCUCUAACAGAUUUUACACAUUGAUUCCUCAUGAUUUUGGUUUAAAGAAGCCUCCCCUUUUGGAUAAUGAUAGGAUUAUUAAGAGUAAACUUGAAAUGUUAGACUCAUUGCUUGAAUUGGAAGUUGCUUAUAAACUCUUAAAAGAAGCCAGUGGUGAUUCGAGUGUUGAUCCUGUUACUCAGCAUUAUAAUAAAUUGAAAACAGACAUUGAUGUUCUUGAUGAAUCUAGUGAUGAAUACAAGACAAUUAAUUCAUACAUUAAAAACACUCAUGCAAAAACUCAUGAUCAGUAUACGUUAAAAUUAGAAGAGGUAUUCAAAAUUUCGCGACAUGGAGAAUCAAAGCGAUUCAAACCAUUCAAAAAUUUGCCAAAUCGUUAUUUAUUAUGGCAUGGAUCACGUCUGACAAACUUCGCAGGUAUUUUAUCUCAGGGUCUACGAAUUGCUCCUCCAGAAGCACCUUCCACUGGUUACAUGUUUGGCAAGGGCAUUUAUUUUGCUGACAUGGUAUCAAAAAGUGCAAAUUACUGUUACACUAGUGUUCAAAAUCCUGUUGGACUAUUGUUGUUAUGUGAAGUUGCUCUGGGAAAUAUGUAUGAAAGAACCAGAGCUGAUUAUAUAACAAAAUUACCUCCUAAUAUGCAUAGUACCAAAGGUUGUGGUGCUACUAUUCCUGAUCCAAAACAGGUAAUUAAAAAUGAUGAUGGUUUAGUCAUUCCUGCAGGAAAGCCAGUCAAUUCAAAAAUUUCAAAUGGUGACUUGUUAUAUAAUGAGUAUCCUUUUAGUCAAACUAAAUUCUUUAUUCUGUUUUCUUUCAGAAAUGUAUAAUUUAAUUUUUCAAAUCAGGCAAGAAAAAAUCUUUUGCCAU